AUGGGAGGACAUCCAGGUGCUUAUAUGGGCUGGUGGGGUUCGAUGGGCUCCACCAAGCAAAAGGGUAUCACUACUUACAGUGUGUCGCCAUACGCACAAUCUCCAUUGAAGGGAGCUUUGAAAUCUGCCGUGUUCAACACCUACAGAAGAUCCAAGGCUCAAAUCUUGUACAUUGUCAUUCCAGGUGUCAUCGUUUGGAACAUCUGGGCCAAGGCCAGAGACUACAACGAGUAUCUGUACACCAAGGCUGGUAGAGAGGAGUUGGAGAGAGUCAACGUUUAA